GAGAGGGCGGGAGACUCCGGGCAGAUCAUUCCCCCUUGUAAAAUGAGGGGGGUCGCCCACGACAGCCUCUGAGGGCCCCCACCCACCGGCUCGGGGUUUGGGGUGCAAGUCCCUGGAGGACGAGGACUGUUCAGCUCUUUCUUCGGACCCCUCCCCCAACGAGUGGAUCUCUACAGUAAAACUGAAAGAAAAGUUGAAAACUCAAGAAUGGCUGUGGAAGAACUUCAAUCCAUAAUAAACAGAUGUCAAAUCCUAGAAGAGGAGGACUUCAAAGAAGAAGAUUUUGGUCUCUUUCAGUUAGCAGGCCAAAAGUGUUUAGAAGAAGGGUACAUUGCUCAGGUAUUAGACAUUUUAGAAAAUGAAAAGAACAAGGUUAUCAUCAGGAGUAUGGGCUGGAAUCUCGGUGGCCCGGUUGUUAGAUGCUUUUUACGUCAUAAAGAGGAAGUUGAUAAAAGAGAAAAAUGUUUGAAAAUGCUUCAUUUGUUGGUAAAGCUCUGUCAUCCCAAGGAGCUGCUUUUGGGUUUGCUUGAACUGAUCGAGGAGGCUUCCGGAAAGCAGAUAUCUGAAAUCCUCCUUCUCUUACUUGACCCGCUACAGACAGUGAUUCAGAAACUUCACAGCAAGAAGGCCUAUUCAGUCGGAUUAACUCUGUCAACCAUAUGGAGCCAGCUCUCUCUUCUCCCCGUUCCUUACACAAAAGAACAGAUACAAAAAGACGAGCAUGGUCUCGGGCGGUGCUGCAAGGCCUUGGUCACGUUUACUAGACCUUUUGUGGAAGAAGUUGUGAAGAACAAAGGUCACUCCCUGGAAAACAGUCAGGAAGAGCUGAAGGCAGAGCUGCUCCAAUUUUGUUUCAAAAGUUUGAAAUAUCCUUUGCUGACAGCACAGUUUAUUGAGGAGCUUGAAGAAAAUGAAGAAGAUCCUUUAAAAUCUUUUGCAUCUGAAAUAGUAGGCUUUAUAUUAGCAAUUGGAGACUCUUUGCCAAAGGUCAUUUUUCAGCAUGGAAGAAAAGAAAAGUACUGGGAUAACCCUGACUUGGAGGAAGAGCAAGGUAGCCAGUUGGCAGAGUCCAUGGCUUCGCUCGCUUACCUUGUGUUUGUGCAGCAUAUCAGUAUUGACCAGCUUCCACUGGUCUUGAGCCCAUUAUAUCUUCUGCAGUACAAUAUGGAACAUAUCAAAGUCCUCUUGAAAAGAGCAGAAGAAUCUGUGUCCUCAAAAGGAUUGGAUCUGCUGGAGAACAGCUUGUUACGGAUGGAAGAUGGCAGCCUGCUCCACCAUUAUUUAGAGAUCAGGAGUUUCCUCACCGUGCCUCAGAAGCUGGUGAAAGUAAUGACCUACUGCCCCACUGAGACUUUGAGGAAAAAAGGUUUAAAAGUGCUGCAGCUGUAUAUAGACAAGCUGGAUUCACAAGGCAAAAAUAUAUUAUUUAGGUGUUUGUUGAAGACAAGUAACCAUGCGGGUGUGGAAGGCUAUGUCAUUCAAAAUAUUAAAAAUCAGGUGGAUGCCUCAUUAAAGAGAACAGAGGACAGGAAGUGGUUUACAGGACCCCGGCUGAUCUCACUUCUUGACUUGGUGCUCACGCUUCCUGAAGGAGCAGAGACAGACCUGCUCCAGAAUUCCGAUAGGAUUAUGGCUUCAUUAAAUUUGCUGAGGUAUUUGGUUAUCAAGGACAAUGAAAGUGACAAUCAUACUGGAUUAUGGACAGAACGGAAGAAUAUUGAGACAAAUUUCUUAAAACCACUACACACAGGACUUAAUAUGUCAAGGGCACAUUAUGAAGCAGAAAUUAAGAGCAAAAAAGAAAGCAGGCAAGAAUCUCAUAAUCCUAAAAAUCUUUGCUCAGUAACAGUCGGUGGAGAGAAGAUUCCUGAUGUGCCUAACAUGACUCCUGAAAUGCAACUUCAGGUUCUCCAUUCAGCUCUUUUCACAUUUGAUUUAAUAGAAAGUGUUCUGGCCCGUGUAGAAGAACUCAUUGAACUGAAAACAAAACCUACAUCUGAAGCAACGGCUCGGCUGAAAUGAAGCCUCCCUGCCUGAAGAGCUGCAGCAGCUACAGAAACAUCGAAACCUGUUUUGUUCAUUCUACGUGAAGCCCUUUUUACUUUAACGUCUUUUUUAAAGAAGUUAAAACUUUCAGUCACUAGGCACUUGCUGCUAGAAAAUAAAUGCUGCUAUUCUCCUUUUCCUUCACAGCUGAUUUAUCUUAUUAGAGAGCUGUGGUACUCUGUUAGUUUAAAACAUAUUUACCUUAACCUGACAGUAAAUUAUUCCUGCAUUUUGGUAGUAAGUAGUAAGUUUGGAAAUUUCAGCAAAAAAAAAAAUGGAUUUGUAUGGCAUUUUAAAUUCUGAAGUCUGAGAGACCAUUCACAGGGCGUUUUGUGCUGGAGAGCAACUUAGACAUUGUAAAAGUCCUGCACAAUUUCUCAGAUAGAGAAUAGAGUCUCCAACAGAGAGCAGCAUUCCAAAUGUACGUUAGACCCUGACAACAGGUAUAUUUUUAUCCAUUUGGUUUUUCCUAUGUGGAUUAGUAGGCCGAUUUCCUUUAUUUAUGGGUCUCAGUGAAGGUGCCCUGGGAUGUUCUGGGCCUGGAUGCAGUUAACACAGUAUCAUCCAAAGAUAAGCAUCUGGAAGACCACUGAUUGGGAAGAAUCCCUCUUCCACUUGGAUAUCACACUUCAUCAUUCUAAAUAGAUCUGUUAAGUAACUAA